AUUUAAUCUGGAGUUGUUUAUCUCCUUUGUUGGCUGUUCCGCAUUCUUAUGUUGUUUAUCAGUGACUCGGCAGUGAUUACAAACUGAUCAACACAUCUUGACAGGUUUUACAACAGAAAACAUCGUCUCCCGCAGAACAGGGUUAGCAGCUUUGAAAGCAGAAAAGAAGUUUGACUUUGAGCCAACGUCCUAACUUUAAGAAAAAUGUCUAUCAAGGAGACGACAUCUUGGAUUGCGCCUGAUCUUCCAUCUAAAUGCACUUGGCAUCUUGGUGUUGAUCCCAAGUCAAGCCCACAUCGUCAUGAAUCUAAUGAAGAAAUUCGAGAGAUCCGGAAGAAAAUCCUCCCGAAUAUUCUGAAGAUGAUUGGUCACACCCCUCUGGUGCGAAUUAACAACAUCGGAAAGAGUGCAGGACUGAAAUGUGAAUUAUUGGCUAAGUGUGAGUUUUUCAACGCCGGUGGGAGCGUUAAAGAUCGGAUAGCUCUUCGUAUGAUUGAAGAAGCAGAGAGGAAAGGAGUCCUGAAACCAGGGUCUACUUUGAUCGAACCUACUUCCGGGAAUACUGGUAUUGGCUUAGCCUUGGCUGCAGCCGUUAAAGGCUACCGUUGUAUCAUCGUCAUGCCAGAGAAAAUGAGUAGCGAGAAAGUAUACGUCCUACGAGCUCUUGGCGCUGAGAUUGUUCGUACGCCGACAUCGGCUCGCUUCGAUGCCCCUGAAUCUCAUAUCAGCGUCGCUCAGAGGCUGAACAGGGAAAUCCCCAACUCUAUUAUAUUGGAUCAGUACAGGAAUGAAGGGAACCCGUUGGCCCAUUAUGAUACUACUGGGCAGGAGAUUUGGGACCAGUGUGAUGGUAAGCUUGAUAUGGUAGUAAUGGGCUCUGGAACUGGUGGCACGAUGACUGGUAUUGGACGCAAACUGAAACAACUAAACCCCAAAAUACAGAUUGUAUCAUUUGAUCCACAUGGCUCAACCUUGGAACCGCCCUUCUUCGAUAAGCCGACGGACCCUACAGUCUCCUACGAGGUAGAGGGUAUUGGAUAUGACUUCAUUCCUACUGUGUUGGAUCAUAAAGUCCCCAACGACUGGGACAAAUGUGAUGAUAAAGAAUCGUUCUUAAUGGCUAGGAAGUUGAUCAGGGAGGAAGGACUUCUAUGUGGUGGAAGUUGUGGAGCAGCGAUGUCUGUAGCUAUAAGGGCAGCUCAAACAUUGACUGAUGGUCAACGAUGUGUCGUCAUCUUACCAGACUCCGUUAGAAACUACAUGACCAAGUUUCUCUCUGAUGACUGGAUGGUACAAAAAGGUUUCAUGGACGUUGAACAUGAAGGAGAGAACACAGAGAAACACUGGUGGUGGAAUUUGAAGGUUUCAGUACUGAAGAUUGAGUCUCCAAUCACAGUUACUCCCAAGGUAACGUGCCAGGAAGCUAUUAACAUCAUGAAGAGGGAAGGAUUCGACCAGCUCCCUGUCGUUAAUGAAUCUGGGGUUGUUGAAGGUGUAGUGACCUUGGGAAGUCUAAUGUCCCAUAUGCUUGCAGGACGUGUUAAACCAUCAACCCUAGUGGAAGGUGUACUCUACAAGCAGUUUCAGAAGGUGACCCUUGACAACACACUUGGCCAGCUUUCCAGGAUCUUGGAUCAUGACCAUUUUGUGCUCAUCACACACAGUCAAAAGUUAUACUCAGGUGAGGAGGGUUAUACAUCUAAAGAGGUGAUCGUCGGCAUCGCUACACGCAUUGAUCUAUUGAACCAUGUCACUAACCACCAGCAGCCUGCUAUGUAAAUCAAGGUGAUUAUAGAUUUGCACAUGGCGUCAUCGACUGCCAUAUUUGAUGAUAAACAUUGGAAAAGUGCAUGCGCUGCGCACGACUCUCAGCCAAUGAUCACGCGUGCACGUUUCAUCAAAGAUGGUGGCAAACGACGCCAUGUGCAAUUCACCUUUUGGCAUUGCUGUCUCUAGUGACACCAACAGCAAUCUACUUUCAUUCAUUCAUUCCUUUUAUUUUUACCACACACAAGGAAAAGUGAUAUAAUUUACAUUAAAUUAUAUUAUAAUGAUUUAGGAAGACAUAAGUACAAUAGGAUUUUGUGUGAGGAUGGAGCUCAGGUCCCCAAAAAGGCACUGAGGUCGAUUUCACAAAGAUAGUCCUAAAUUGUGACAAGUCCUAGAACUCUAGUAGGGGCUAUAAUUACAAACUUAAGGCCAGUCCUAAAGUUAGUACCAGUAACUCGUCCCUACUCGAGAAAAGAUUUGUCUUAUUAAAGGAAAGGUACACGUUAGGUAACUACUCAAAACAGAUAUUAACUUAAAAACUGACUUGGUAACGAUGCAUUGAAGAGCUGCUGAUAGCAUAACACGUUGUGAGAAACAGCUCCCUCUGAAGUAGCAUAGAUUUUGAAGUAGAGGUAAUUUCUCACUAAAAUAAUAA